AUGUUUUCUCAUUCCUUUAUCAAGUACAUCAUGUCGUCCGGGUUGGAGGAUCAGCAGCGAGUGCAGGUAGUGGUGUGUGGACGGCGGUUUGAGUUGACAGUCGCUGUUCUCUCCAUGUACACUUCUCUCUUCCGCCGUUUCUUUCACGAGGCCUUCGCAGCACUUCGCCGUGGUGAGUCUGGUGCGGAUGUAUGGAAGUCGUGCUAUCACACCGCCGCAGAGAAUCUACAAAAAGAAAAAGAAGAAAAAGAAGCCGAGUCUAAACUUAAUACAAAGACUGAUCUCACUCCUAGUACGACGAUCACUAGUGUAGAUCUUAUUGUCCCUGUUGUGAGUGUAGAGCGUGAUGAACGGGAUGGUCAUGUUCUCUGGCGGUUUGUGUACACCUCCACUUUAUUAGCACCAGAGGAUGUGGGUGUUAUUUUUGUAUACAUUCGCAAAUUAUUUCAAUGGCAUCACAAUAAUAAUAAUAAUAAUAAUAAUAAUAAUAAUAACAAUAACAAUAAUAGUGGGAAAUCAUCACAACCGCAAUUACCCAUUCGAUGGGAUGAAUUACCGUAUGAUGCCCAAUUAUCUCUAUCGCGUGUGGUGUGUACAUUUGGUGUAGAGCCACUCAUUGGAAAAUACGAUUAUCCCACCGCUGCUGCUGCUGCUGCUGUAGUGAAGGACGAAGUUCAUGCAGAGAAGGAUACUAUUGGGAAUGAAAACAGAACGGGAUGUUUUUUAUCAGCACGUGAAAAGGCAGAGGAGUACUUGCGGCAACAAGAAGGAAAAGAAAAACAAGACUCUUCCAAGGCAAAAGAAGUAAUAUCUCAUCCAUCCACAACGAUAACUAAAGAAGAAGAACAAGAGGAAGUACGUGGUGUUGUGCAUCCCAGUGUUGACGAUGAUGAUUUGUUCUUAGCAACUACGGCAUGCUCAAGGUGUGGUGUCACUGGGCAUACAGAUGCGGAGUGUACACGGUAA